AUGGAACACCGCGUCGGCGCCGUCGUGACGAGGCUCUGUCUGACACACCGCUGGUCAGCCGGUUGGUGGUGGAACGUCGCAUCGACAUCGUCUAGACGAGGCUCCGCCUGGUACGCCAUUGGUCAGCCGGUUGGAUGGAUCUCCGAAUUGGCACCGUCGACACGCGCCCAUCUGGUGCACCAUAGGAGACCGCAGGCUUGCGGCAAUGCCGUAAGCCAUUGGCAAAUUCGAGUCGUUCUUCCACUGCCAAAAAAACUCGUGGCCCACAGUGGAGUUCGGCCGCGCCGGCACAUCAAGCAGCCCCUAUUCAUGGGUCAGGGCACUGCUUCCUUCGGGGGGACCUGGAAAAGCUGGCCUAAAAAUUGCUGGGGAACCACGUCGUCUGCUGGCGCACCGUGGUCGCAGACGCAAAACUCACGGUCGAAACAAUCAAACUCGAAACAACAACAACAACCAUACUCAUUCUCCUCAUCCUACCUCUUCUACCUCUACCUCCGUCUAUUCUUCUGCCUCUACUUCUCCUUCGUCAUUUUCUUCUCCACCUCCUUCCCAUCGCCCCACUCGUUUUCCCCAGACUGACAGGGUGAGCCCGCUCACUCUGGCAGCCUGGAAUGUUCGUUCCCUUUUAGACAAUCCGAGGAGCAACCGACCGGAACGGAGGACGGCGCUAGUGGCACGAGAACUGGCGCGCUGCAAGGUGGACAUCGCCGCACUCAGCGAGACCCGAUUCUCCGAACAAGGCCAACUGGAGGAGGUGGGUGCCGGUUAUACCUUCUUCUGGAGUGGCCGACCCAGGGCAGAGCGACGAGACGCGGACGUCGCCUUCGCCAUCCGGACCGACAUCGCGGGACGACUUCCCUGUUUGCCGCAGGGCAUCAACGAUCGCCUGAUGAGCCUCCGCCUGCCUCUCUGGAAAGGCAAAUUCGCCACCAUCAUCAGCGCCUACGCUCCGACGAUGACCAACCCCGACGCCGUCAGAGACAAAUUCUACGAGGACCUGCACGCCCUCUUGGCGACUGUGUCGAAGGCGGACAAGUUGAUUGUCCUUGGUGACUUCAACGCCCGCGUCGGCACAGACCAUACUGCCUGGAGGGGAGUGCUGGGUCCCCACGGUCUCCGUGGCUCCAACGACAACGGCCUGCUUCUCCUCCGCACCUGCGCAGAACACCGCCUCACCCUGACGAAUACCUUCUUCUGUCUGCCGGCGCGAGAGAAGGCCACCUGGAGGCAUCCUCGGUCGCGUCAGUGGCACCUGCUGGACUAUGUCCUCGUCCGGAGGCGAGAUCAGCGGGACGUGCUGGUGACGAAGGCGAUCGCGGGUGCUGACGGGUGGACCGACCAUCGCCUCGUCAUUUCGAAGAUGCGUCUUCGCCUACAGCCUCGCAGGAGACCACAAGGUAAGCGACCCCCAGGUAAGCUGAAUGUUGCUUUGUUGUCUUUGCCUGCUCACCGUCUCCAUUUCAGCAAUGAGCUAGCUCAACGGCUAGACAACCUUCCUAUCGCUGCCGCCGCCGACGACGCCGCCGCCGCCGCCGCCGCUGCCGAGAACGCCUCCGUGGAGAACCACUGGUGUCAACUGCGUGACACAGUCCAGUCGACGGCGCUCGCCGUCCUCGGUCGCGCUCCCCGCCAACACCAGGACUGGUUCGACGACAACGACGCUGCCAUCAGAAAUCUGCUUGCCGAGAAGAACCGACUACACAAAGCCUACGUAGAGCACCCAACUGAGGGCAACAAAGCUGCCUUCUACCGCAGUCGCCGACAGCUUCAGCAACGACUGGGCGAGAUGCAGGACGCCUGGACUGCUCGCAAAGCUGAGGAGAUCCAAGGGUACGCGGACCGCAACGAAUGGAAGAACUUCUUCCGUCAUCUCCGAAGCCGCCAUCGCCCGCUUGCCGCAAGUGGCGACCAACGCGGACCUCGACCUCCCGCCAUCUCUCCAGGAAACGAUCAGGGCCGUGCAGCAGCUCUCCAGCGGGAAAGCACCCGGAUCGGACGCAAUCCCUCCUGA